AUGCUAUAUUCAAACGUCAAUUCAUCGAACACAAGCGAAACGUCAUCUUCACCUUCAAUGUACAAAUCUCAACCACCUCCAAUACCACAAGCUACUGUAUACAUUAAAGAUUUACCAGCAAAAACUAUCGACGACAUUGAAUUGGCAAAUAGGAUUUGUCAUCGCAUCAAUGAACUUUACAAAAUAGAACCACUUCAUAUUCAAUGUAAUUCGAAGUUAGAUUUUGGUUCCAUUCGUGUCUCAAAUGAAGGCAAGCAAUAUUUAGUUAAUACUGCUGGUAGUAUGCCGAUGGAUAAUCGACCUGGUUCGCCUUUAAUUAUAUUUAUGGAUACAAUUGAAUUAGUAUCAUAUGUUGUAGUUGGUGUGGCAGACGAUAAGAACAUACAAAAUUUACCGAAACCCGAUGAAAUUAGUUCCCGAUGGUUUGAAAUAUUUUCAAAAUUAAAACCUCGUUCAUGUGAAUGUGUAUGCAUUCAAUUUCCAAAUGUUUACCGGCUUAUAACAUCAAUCGAUGAAUCAUAUGUUCCUGUAAUUCAAAGCAACUUUACAAUAAACAAUCACUUUGCUCAAGCUUAUCUUGGUGCUGAUUGCUGUUAUUUUGAAGAUAUUCCAACAUCACUCAACGAACAACAAUUACGAGAAGCUAUUGCUAAAACAAUUGCAUUAGAAAAUAUUUCCUUUGGAGAGUUGUAUGUUGAAAUCAAUAAAGCAGCAAAUAAUGCAUGUAUCAUCACUUGUGGUACAGCACGACCAUGGUCAACGAAAAGUUCCAUUUAUCUUGGUCAGAAAUUAAUGUCAAAGAAGGAAAAUUUAACUUGUUAUUUACUUAUUCAUUCUGUUCCUGAAAAUUAUCCAACUGAUUUGAUAAUUAACCAUGAUACAUUUAAUAAAACUGCAACAUUAUACAAGCGUCGUGGCACAAAUUUAAUUCUUGAAAUAUCGGAUAAAAUGAUUUUUGAUAAUUGUCUUAAAUUUGGAACACUUAGUAUGGAUGAUAGAGUCGUUUUUCGUAUAACACAUUAUACUGCUCAUAAUGAUCCUGAUGAAUGUGAAAUAAAUGCUGAUACUUGGUAUGAUAGUGAAAUGCUUCAAUACAAACAACCGGAUAUUAUGCAGUUUGUUCAAAAUCCUAAACAUGAAAUAUUUCGUUACAAAUGGAAUUCAAAAUCAUGGCUUCAACAAUUCAAAAGACUUACAACAAAUGAUCAAAUUUCAAAUCGAAAUUUGAAUGCGCGAAAUGCUAAAGGAAUAUUAUUUGAUGUUCUACGGCAUCAUCUUCGAGUUACUGUUAUGCUUAAUACAAUUGCAACAAUACGAAACAAUAAAUACAUGCUCCACGACUCUGCGGUUGAUUUAAAUUUAGACAAAAAAUUACGAACAAUUGUUUAUAAUCAUGAAUCAAAAUUAGAAAUUGGUGCAGAAAUGCCUUCGAUUGAUUCUCUUCAUAAAAAAACGAAAGUCCAAGUUGCCAACGAAGAUUGUCUUGUUGUUUAUGAACGAUUAGCAAAUGAAGGCAAAAAACCACUUUUAUUAAAUAUGGCGAAUGCAACCAGUGCAGGUGGCGGUUAUCGUAAAGGAGAUGGAGCACAAGAAGAAAAUCUCUUUCGUCGAUCAGAUUAUUGUCGAAGCCUGGAUGUUGGUCUCGAUGAAUUUCAAGAUGAACCUUGUGAACGAUCUCUUUGCACAUCACUAUGUGAUCUUGAUUCAUCAUUCGAUUCACAAAAAAUGUAUCCAAUGAAUGAGUUCGGAGCUAUUUAUACAUCUGGUUUAACUGUAUUUCGUCAAUCGGAACAGACGGGCUAUGAAUAUAUGCAGAAACCAGUACAUAAUGUAUGCGCAUUAGCAAUGGCCGCUUAUCGAAGACCAUCAUUAGAUGGAGAUAUGUUAAAAUCAAAAUAUGCUGUUGGAAUGCGAAAAAAAAUUGAAAAUCUUUUUUCAAUUGCUUAUCAUCAUAAACACGAUUGUCUUGUUUUAUCAGCAUUAGGUUGUGGUGCAUUUCAAAAUCCUCCGGAUCAUGUUGCAAAAUUAUUUCGUUCAGUUAUUGAACAAUACGCAGGUUUUUUUCAAUCAAUUAUUUUUGCUAUUGUUGACGAUCAUAAUACAGGAAAUAAUUUAAAUCCACAGGGUAAUUUCACACCGUUUCAACGUGAAUUAGAUGGGUUAAAUUGCGAACUAAUGCUAUCAUUUAAGCAGCCAAAUACAAAAUUCGGCCCUUAUCGUUUAUCAUCGGAUGGUUCAUUAGAAAAGGAUAUUUGUAUUUUUGAUUUACCACCAUGUGAUUUUGCUGCUAUAUGUCACGAUAUGUUCAAUCGAAAUCAUGCUCUUAAAUUCUCUCAUCCACCUUUAUGCAUAAAAAGUUUAAAUGGCACAUGUCAAGAAAAGGAUAUCGUUCAUAUGACUUCAUUAAUUCAUCGAAAACCUUGUAAACACGGUGCGCAAUGCCAGAGUAUUCGUGAUCCAGCACACGAUCAAGAGUUUGAACAUCCACCUGAGUGCCCAAAAGGUGGUGAUUGUCAAGAUAUAACUGAUGAUCAUGAAAAAACUUUUCGCCAUAAACCAACAUGUCAACAUUCACAUAAAUGUGGAGAAUAUCAAAAAAAUGUUAAAGAUCAUUGUAAACAAUAUCGUCACUGUAAACAGCGUUGUCGAUAUGGUGGUUUUUGUAUUUAUUUUCUUGAUAAAGAACACAUUGAAGAUUAUAUACAUCCAUUUCGAACUCCAUGUCCAUCUACUCCUUAUCAUUGUUCAAUAUAUGAUAAAUUUGGAACGGAACAAAAAAACGGAAAUCUUUCAAAUGAUACUUCCUGGCAUUGUUCAAAUUUCGCUCAUGUGUGUCGAUACGGACGAGAUUGUACGAAUCAAGAUUCAUCACAUCAAAAAACAUCAAUCCAUAUUCCUCGUAUUCUUUGUCCAUAUGGUAAGGAAUGUAAAAAACUGAUCCAAGAAGAUCAUUUAAAUUCAUUUACACAUCCAAAUAUUCGUGAUAUUCGAAUUUUAUGUACACACGGCGAUAUAUGUCGCGAUCGUAUAGAUUUCAAACAUUUUGCUCGAUAUCGUCAUGCAGUGAUACUCAAAGACAGUGGGGUUGUUCGAUAUAAUAAUCUUAAUAAAAAGAUUAAUUUUACUCAAAACCAAAAGGAAAGCGAAUCUCGAAUUAGCAUUUAUGCUAAAAGUAAAGCAUGGAAUCGAUUGCAAUCUGGACGUGUUCUGGACGAAAUUCUUGAUUGGAUACGUACGAUUCAGCCUGUUCAUCGAUGUAAACGUGACAUAUUCGAGUCAAUCUUACUUCAAGGUCAUGUUAUGAGUCGAAGUUAUAUGGAAUAUUUAAAAGACCCAGAAUUCGUCGCAUUUUGCAUUAUGGAACAUAGUGAAAUCCGAAAAAUAAAAUCUUCAAUACCAAACACGUUGGUUCAGAAUGUUAAAAAUUAUGUAACUUAUUUAGUUGCUCAGCACUAUAUGGAGAACAAAGAUCGCUUACAUGUUAAUCUGGAAAGUAUAUUUACUCAAUCACCAUCCACUGCUAAUAUGUCAACGAUCCUCUCGGAUAAAAUUCGGACUGAAGAAGUGUUCUUGGCACAGAAUUUACAUAAUCACAUGAAUUUAAUUCGUAAAAAAACUAUGGAUAUAGCUAAAGCUUCAUUGGAACUUUCCAAGACUCUUGCUGGAUGUGGCUAUGACAAAGAUAAACUCUUAGGAACAGACAAACAGGUUUUUAGUAUUCUCGGACCACAUAACGGCAUUUAUUAUGGAGAAGUAGUUAUUGUUUUCAAACGUGAUAUACUUCAUCAUCCGGAUGCAAAUUUUACUACACAUGCUGGAACAUCAUUUCUCAGUGGAAAAGUUAAUGAUCAUUGUCCUUGGUUAGGAAGUUUUUCAGUGAACGAACAAGAUCAAAUUGAUUUGUUUCAUAAAUCAAAAUUAAAUGCAUCAGUGCCAGGUUAUGAAUAUACAACAGCUCUUGAAUUAAUUGCUACUACCAGUCAUAAGUUUUCAUCUGAAAAGUUAGGUUUAGAAGUCAAUCUCGAUCAAAUUCUUAAACAUUGGCUCAAAACAGAUUCACAUUCUGUAAUUGAAGCACAUUUACCUCAACUUAUUCCAUUAGAUUAUAUUGAACAUAUUUACAUGCCAAAAGUCACAUACGAUGAACUUAAAGGCAAUGCUCGUCAUGCUGUUGACGACAUUUUUAAAAAUUGUAUGACGAUAGUCGAUGAAAAAACUGACCCAGACAUAAAAAAAGAUAAAUAUAAUAAAAUUGUGAUCGAUGCCUUGGAUAAAAGAUUUCGGUCAAAACCUGAAUAUAAUAUUUCAAGACCUAUUCAAGGUACUGUUAUGACAAUUCAAUCAAGCAAAUUUAAAGAGCAUUAUGUUCUUCCUUUGACGAUUUCACAAGCUUAUGAACAAUAUCAAAUCAAACAUCCAGCAAUAUCGACAAGCCGCACGGUUUACAUCUAUUGGCAAGUCAUGAAUGGUGAUAUGAUGUUAACAUUAUCAAAUCAAAAAAUUGUUAGUACAGAAGAACAACCAAAACUUAAAAGUUUGAUUUGUUAUAUUGCUCCAAAGCCAAUGUAUAAUGAUUCAACUUAUCACGAACAUCCUUCAUAUUUGAAUAGUGGUCAUCCAUAUCAGCAUUUCACAUUUCUUGAACGGCGCACAUAUGCAGCUAAAUCAACAACAUUCUUCGCCGGAUGUAAUACUGAUGAUUUAAUGACAUUUUGUCUUGAAAUUAAUCUUACAAGUGGAGAGAUCAUUCUCUCACAUGCCGGACCUAACUCAAUAUAUAAUCAUGAAAAAUUUUCCUGUACGUUUCCGAAGAAAACUCUCGAUUUAAAUUAUCUAGAAUAUAUUCAUGUUAGUUCUGGUGGCCAAACAUUACCUAUUCGUAAUCUUAUCGUAUGUUUUGAAAAACAACAUGAUCUACAUGCAACAUUUGAUGAUAAAUUCGAGAAACAAACUAACGUCUCGAAUAAGAGCCCAACCAACAAUGUCGGUCAUGCUGCAUCAUCAUCCAAUACAGUCGAUGACAAUCAAUCAACAAAACCGCCGGGAUUUUUUGAUCGAGCUGGAAAUGCUGUCAAUCAAAUCGGAGAAAAAAUGAAUCAUGUUGUGGACUAUGUUCUUGGUAAUCAUAAAUCGAAACUUAAGCCAUGUCCUGAAGGUAUUCAUUGUCUUAUUCAAUCUUUUGAAAAUGGACCUGAUCAUAAUGCAAAAUAUUCGCAUCCAUGUCGAUUUGCUGAUCGUUGUCAAAACCCAGAACAACAUUUGACACAUGAACCUCAUCAAGUACCUGAUUGCCCAUCCGAUAAGAAUUGUGCGAAUUUAACUGAUCCUAUUCAUCGAUCCCAAUUUCAUCAUACAGGCUGGCCGUUUUUCCUCAUACCAUGUCAUAGUGAAAGAUGUCACAAUAAAACGAAAGCGCAUCUCACUAGAUAUUCACAUGGUGAAAAGAUUAACGAACCAGGAGGAGCUGAACAAUCGGAAGCAAAUUCAAUCGAUCCACCGAUACAAAAUGUUCGAAAUAUACCGAGCUCGAAUAAAGUUGAUGAACAAAAAAAAGAAUGUUACUAUGGUUUAAAUUGCCGACAUUUGAAUAGACCUGAUCACUACAAGGAAUUUUCUCAUUCAGCUGUUAAUCAACCCGUUCCUAGAGCUGACCGACAACCUUGUCGAUGGAAUCCAGAUUGUCAUGAUCGAAAUCCUUGGCAUCGAGCUACAUAUUGGCAUCCAGACACUUGA